AUGAGAAUGAAUAUAUAUAAAUUAUGUAUAUUUUUCUACAUAAAUGAUAUUUUAUUAUUGAAUUAUUUUCCACUGACAAAUUAUCUCCCUCUUGAAGAGGAACUGUCCCCCCCACCAUAUCCAGCACAACAAGUUAACUUGCCUGCUCAGUCAGGUUAUUCAGCUCAGCCUGGUUACUCAGCCCAGCCUGGUUACCCACAGCAACCAUACAAUGCACAGCCGGGGUACCCAGGCCCCCAGCCUUUUACUGGACAACCCAUGGGUUAUCCACAACCGUACCCAAUGACGCAGCAAAGUUCAACAACGGUGGUUAUGCAGGUGCGGUUUUUAAAUAAUAUUGUACGGGUGCAGUUGAGAGGAAUGUUUAGAUCAUAAGAACUGCAGAGGUAUUAAUUUGAUGACGUCAUGAACGUGCCCAAUGGCACAAUGGAAAUAUGAAGUUAGCUCCUGCUAUGAAUUUUUUCUUGCGAGUUUUCUAGUUUUGUUAUAGUGCCUUAUGACAUGAGGAUGUCAGGAAGAAAAUUUCGCGUCUGUUAAACGCAGCUGGGUAGGAUGUGUUAUAUAACUUCUUGAACGAAUGAUUUCGCUUAGAUUUUUAUUUAUCUAAUUUUUUUUCGCGAAAUAUUUAAUGAGCUUAAAAAAGGAUGCAAUGGGCUGUAUACAGCAGAAACAUCGAAUAAAAGAAGCAAGGCUGAUUUUACAGUCGGGAAUAUACAUUUUUUGUUACCAAUAUUUCGCAAGGCACGGCCUUCCUUCUUCAGGGUCGUACAUACAAUAUUGGUAACAAAAAAUAUAUAUUCAGGACUGUAAAAUCAGCCAUGCUUCUUUUGUUCGAUAUUUCAACUUAUAGCUGAUGAGAUUCUUUAUUAGGAACGGGUCCUUCUUUUUUGUAACGUUGGUCCUUGCUUCCAAAAUUCAAUGCACGUUCAGAUGUAGUUAUUUUCCAAUAAAAUCGGUAACAGCCAAUCUUUAGUUGAAUAUAGGAAUCUUGUGAUUGAAUUUAUACUAAUUGCAUCCCCAUUGUAUUUCAUUUAUCAGCCCAGCCCAACAGUCAUCUUGCCGAUGACUCCUCGUCCACAGAACUGGCUGGUCUUGUCCAUUUUGACCUGUUUGUUCUGUGCCUGGCCGAUCGGGUUAGCCGCCAUUGUCUUCAGUAGCAUGGUAAGUCUGUCAUUCUUUUUAAGUUGAUUAAUCUAGUAAAGCAUUGGAACUUACAAGCGUGAGCAGUGGUUCCACCUUCCCCCCGCGCUGGCUCUGUAACCUCCAUCUUGAGUAGCUUUGUACUUAUUGUCACCCUUGCAUGAAAAGUCGAUUGCUAUGAUUACGAUUAAGACGUCAUCAGUGGCAAGAGUUCGACCAUUUUUUUUUAGCAUAACUACGCAAUUUCAUGGCGGCUGUUUUGAAUACUUGUCAUUGGUGUGUUUGUGUGGCACUUGAGAUCAACAAGAGGAGAGAGUAUAAUGUCUAUAAAAGUGCCAUUCAGCUUUCCUAGGUCCAUUCUUCUUGCGAGAUGGCGUUUCCGCUGCCAAAAAUUUUCCCUGAAAUCGCACAAGUUACCCUGCUCGCAGGUUAUGAAACAUUUUGACGCCAUCUCUCUUCAGAAAUCCGGCUCAACGCCUAAGCCAAUGUAACAUUAAUGUGACAUUAAUCCUACCCUGUUAUUUUUAGAACGCUAAGUUUUCCGUCGGUGCAUUUUCUCUUUUUUCCUUUUUUUCGAAGGCUUAUUGAUCACUACUCGUUCUUGACUAGUAAUUAUAUUUCAUACGUCCUAUUUUUUGUACAGCGUUUACAAUUUGGGUAAAUCUUUCACAACAAUUUCAGUUUUAAGUGAAUCUUUACAAUCUCUCCUCUCCUCUCUCUGUAUCGUACCUUGCCUUGCAAAAUUGUGUAAUCUCCGUUUUCUGACCUCGUUAUCUACUAUUAUCAUUAUUAUUCCCAGGUGGAUAGUGCAUAUGAUGGAGGUGAUUACGAAGGCGCAAGACGAAACUCAAGAAUUGCUAUGUGGUUGAAUAUCGCCUCUAUCCUCUGUGGCGUGGGCGCGAUCGUUUUUAUCAUCAUUUAUUUCACCGCAAUAGUUGCCUCUUACAGUGGCACUUACUAG